CACGGGCCAUGCACUGUCUCGCGUUCUCACCCGGAGCUCGCGCACGGGAUUCCCCCACGUUAGAAUGAACAGCAGCCGGAGUGAUUACUUACCGCAUCAUCAACAUCAUCAUUAAUAUUAUUAUUGUAAAUAUUAAAUUGUUGGUCCUGCGGCGGACAUGCGCGGAGCAAACGGAGGCAGCGACACUGAAGGGGACAGCGGGAACGUGUCGGUGAUCCUCCGGUAACGGCGGAAUGCACAGAGAGGAGGAGCGCGUGGAGAGACGUGGCGCAGACAUGCAGCGGUGUGAGAGAUCCGUCCAGGUCCUGGGAUGAAGAACAGCAGUGUGAUGUGACAAAGACUUGGUUCAUGCACUGGGAGUCCUUUAGAACAAAGAAACUCUGGACGCACUGAUUUUUGCAUUAAUAAUAAUAAUAAUAAUAAUAAUAAUAAUAAUAAAUAGAUCAAGGGAAAAAAACCAAUCAAGGAACGAUGCUGAACAGCUACAAUUUAUGGAUUGCGUGGCUCGCGCUCUUGUGCAUGGAAGUGUGUGUGCGCUCACUCGAGGUGACGGUCAGCCAGAGCAGCGUACAGGUGGCCCGAGGCCAAGCGGCCAUCUUGCCCUGCACCUUCACCACCAGCGCCGCCCUGAACAACCUCUACAUCAUCUGGAUGGUGACGCCGCUGGCCAACGCCAACCAGCCCGAGCAGGUGAUUAUUUAUCAGAGCGGUCAGGUUUUCAGCCUCGCUAACCGGAUGAACAACCGUGUGGGUUUCGUGGCCACGAUGCCGAGCACCAGUGCCUCCAUCUUCAUCAACAACACGCAGCUGGCGGACACGGGGACGUACCAGUGCCUCGUCAACAACCUGCCCGACCGCGGGGGACGCAACAUCGGCGUCAUCGGCCUCACCGUGCUCGUCCCCCCAGCUCUGCCCGUAUGUCGGGUCCAGGGGUCUCUGGAUGUCGGUAGUGACGUCACACUGCUCUGUGGUUCUGAGGAGGGAAUUCCGACACCGACAUACUCCUGGGAGAAACUCGACUCCAUGCCCAAACUCCCUCUCGGUGCCAUGCAAGAUCAGAUGCAGGGCACGGUGAGUCUGAAGAACAUCAGCGUGGGGACGUCCGGUGUAUACCAGUGUACCGCCUCCAACGCCAUCGGCACCAGCACGUGCCAACUCAACCUGCAGGUGGUGACACCUCAGCCCCAAAGCGUUGGUCUCAUCGCCGGAACCGUCGUCUCCGGCGUCCUCGCGGCGGUGAUUUUCGCCCUGCUGGUGAUCGUCACGCUUUUCUAUUGGAGGAACAAAAACCGCUAUGAAGAGGACGACAUUCCUAACGAAAUCAGAGAAGACGAUCUUCCCCCGAAGAGAUCGUCGUCGGUGAAGGCGUUCCAGGCUGACGCCUCGUCCUCGGAGAACGAUACGCUCACCUCCACCAACACCUACAACAGCCGCUACUGGCACAACGCCAAAGCCAGCUACGACGCUAACUCCUUCACUCGUUACGACGGCCAAAGCUUCACAACCGGGGGUGGGACUGGUGCCGGAGGGGGUGGAGCCUAUGCAAAUGGCGGUAACACUCUGCCGGCUCCCAAAACUCUGGUGGUCACUGCCAAUUCUGCGCCCGUUGUCACACGCAGCAACGGUACGCUGAGUCAGCGAGCUCCGCCGGCCACGCCCCCGCCUACAACGGGCUCCGCCCUCACACACGUGCCGAGCCGCACGCACUCGUACGCCGUGAGCCAGGCGGCGCUGGAGCGCAUGGGCGCCGUACCCGUCAUGGUUCCCGCUCAGAGCCGGGCGGGUUCUCUCGUCUAACGCCAACGCAAGAUGGACAAACUGAAUUUUUACAAUUCUUUAUACAAACAAUCCCAUCUCUCUCUUUUUUUCCCACUAAUGAACUACUGAUUUUACAGCGUGAGUUUCUUUUUACAUUAGCCAAUUUGCAAUAAUAAUAA